ACUCCCACAGCCGCCCCCCGCCUCCUCCCGGCCCCCGCCCGAGGCCUCGCCGCGCAGCCGGAGCUCCCGUGGGUCCCGCCGGGCGUGCGGCGGAGCGGGCCCCGCUCUCUCCUUUGUCCGCUCCCGCAACCCCCCCCCCCACCGCCGCGUCCCGCCGUCGCCCCCCGGCACCGACCGCCGCUGCCCCCGCAGGUCGGCGGAUGGACCCGCAGCCCGGCGCCAGGAGCUGCAGCCGCGGGGCUCCCGCCUGCGAGGUGGGGCCGCCCGAGCCCCCCAUGAACCUCUACAUCCACACCACCACCGGCACGCGCUAUGAGCUCUCCGUGCCCGCCGAAGAGACGGUGGAGGGGCUGAAGCGGCGGCUGUCCCAGCGCCUCAAGGUGCCCAAGGAGCGGCUGGCGCUGCUGCACAAAGAGAGCCGCCUGAGCUCCGGCAAACUGCAGGACCUGGGGGUCGUGGAAGGCAGCAAGCUGACACUGGUGCCCACCGUGGAGGCUGGAUUGAUGUCCCAGGCGUCCAGGCCAGAACAGUCGGUGAUGCAAGCGCUGGAAAGCUUAACUGAAACUCAGGUCAAUGACUUCUUGUCGGGCCGGUCCCCGCUGACCCUGGCCCUGCGCGUGGGGGACCACAUGAUGUUCGUGCAGCUGCAGUUGGCGGCUCAGCAGAGCACGGGGCAGCUCCAGCACCGGCACCUCAUCGCCAGCCGGGGCGAGGCGGGGGCCAGCGCCAGCCCCCACUGCCGGACGCUGCACGGUGCCGCCGGCUCCGGCUUCGCCCGCAUCCCCGUGGUGCCCACGUGCCCCCAGCAGAGCCCGGCCCCCAGCCCCACGCCCGCCACGCCGGCCCCCCCCGUGUACUGUAACGCCCCCCACCCCGCGCCCAUCACCGCCGGGAUGUUCCGCUCGCACGGGGCCAGCACGCAGACGGUGAACAGCAGCGUGGUCUCCUCCUGCUCAGAGGUGGACUGUGGCUCCCGCAGCAGCAGCUCCCCGGGCAGCAGCCCGGCCCCCUCGGCCCGAUCCCGCAAGCCCGGGGCGGUCAUCGAGAGCUUCGUCAACCACGCGCCCGGGGUCUUCUCAGGGACCUUCUCCGGCACUUUGCACCCCAACUGCCAGGACAGCAGCGGGCGGCCGCGGCGGGACAUCGGCACCAUCCUGCAGAUCCUGAACGACCUCCUCAGCGCCACGCGACACUACCAGGGCAUGCCCCAGUCCCUGACGCAGCUCCGCUGCCAGACGCAGUUCUCCUCCUCCUCCUCCUCGUCCUCGCCUCCUGCCUCCCCGGACCUCGCCACCAAAACUACCUCAGAGUCGCUGCCAGCGGCCCGCCCCCCCCCCCUGCACCCUGUCGUCCAGUGCCAAAGCCAGAUCCGGAUGUGCAAGCCCAGCGGGGACCGCCUGAGGCAGACGGAGAACCGGGCGACGCGCUGCAAGGUGGAGCGGCUGCAGCUGCUGCUGCAGCAGAAGCGGCUGCGGCGGAAGGCGCGGCGGGACGCGCGGGCACCGUACCACUGGGUGCCCAACCGCAAGGCCGGGCGCACCAACAGCAACAGCAGCGUCUCCAGCGAGGGCAGCCUGGACCUGGACUUCGAGGACUCGGUCUGGAAGCCAGAGGUCAAGGCCGAGAUGAAAUCCGAGUUUGUCGUAGCAUAGAGAGCCCGUGCCCGGGGGGGAAACCCGGGGGACUGUGCCGGGGGGUCCCGUUGGCGCGGGUGUCACGGGCCGGGGCUCCUCGAGAUUCGCCGUCUCCCACAACCGGACGCCUCGGGCCGACCCGCGUGUCACAGGGAGAGCCCCCCACCCCCCGGUCGCUUGGGUUUGGGGAGAUGGGGGGGAGCAGCUGGAGCCGCCCCCUCCCCGCAGCCUCCCCAGCUGGGAA